AUGCCGCACCCAUCCCUGCUGGGCAUCCAAAAGAAAUGGACAACAUGGGGCGCAAAUUUUAACUCCGUUUCGGAAGGGAAAAACCCUUCACCUGGUGAGGCAGACUCAGCAGGGAGAGUGAACCAACCAGAAUGGACACACAUGGAUAAAAGUGCUAUGCGUCAGAACGGAGAUGAGAAAGUAACCGAGGCAGCAUCAGGCGAGUGUCCCAGUGAGGACAAAGCAGCGUCACGGGAACGCCCCAAUGGGAACUACCUGCAGAACGCGCACUCCCUCCUGGUGACGAAAAAAAUAAAGGAGGCAUUAAGCAAGCUGAGGGACAAACACAGUUACAAAGUAAUAUCGAAAAAAAUUAAAAAGGAAAAGAAUAAAAUAAACGCACUGCUGUCCAUGUACCACUUAAAAAAAGGAAGCUUAAAGCAAAACUUCAAUGAACACAUCUACAGGAAGGCCAUCAUGAACACAAAGACAAAAAUCUUUCAGGCUUUAAAAAAGAACAAAAAAAGGUCCCUCAUUGACAUUUACUAUGAGGAGAAACAAAAAUAUAAAUUACGAAAGGAGAAGUUGUUGGAACUACAGGGAAGAUUACUUAAUAACUCGAGACUAGCACAAAUGAAUGUAAAAAAAUUUUUCCAGAAAUAUGGCUACAUUGGAUUAGGAACUUACUUUGUUGUAUUUUUUGUAACUUUUUCAUGCUGCUACUUCUUUGUCCAUUUUAAGUACAUUUCCUUGGCUGACUUAACUUACUGGUCAGAAAAAAUGCACUUAACUAAAUACAUGAAUGAUGACCUACAGAAGAAAAUUGAUUCUUUAUGGGGGGAACUCAUUUUCGCUUACAUCGCUUCCAAGGUGACUGAACCCGUUCGAAUUGUGAUCACCAUUCUGAUCACUCCCUACAUUGCCAAGGUUAUUAGACUUAAGAAGAGCAGUCGGAUCAAAUCUUUGUAG